AACAUGGCGCUGUACAGAAGGAAGUUGUUUGCUAUAGGAAGUUGUGCAGCUAGCUUGCUCAGCACCACCAACAGAACACGUCAGGUUCUUACACGGCUGCCAUCGCUGAUAAAGAGGAACUGGAUUUCCCUCGGGAUUUCCGGGGGGUUGUGUGCGGUUCCUUUUGUGCAGGAUCAGUUAACCCAUGAAGAUCUGAUUCGUAGAGCUUCAUCUCUGGUGACAGACAGUGCCAACACCUAUCUGUCUCAAACCACACUGGCACUAGUGGACUCCUUCACGUUAUACACUAAGGCAGUACAGAAUCUCAUAACUCUACACAAAAGCUACGUGGAAAAUAUCAACAGGCUGAACCCGGCGGACGAGGACGCGGUGUGGCAGGCCAUCCUUCGCCAGCGCCAGGAGGUCGUUAAACGAAGAGAGAACUGUGAUCUGUUCGAAUCCUGCUGGAAAGCCGCCAUCAAUCUGUCAAAACUGGCAGCUGACGCAGCUUUUAGUGCAGGUGCAGACCAGGCCUCGGCCACAGCGCAGACCAACCUGCAGAUAGCUCAGGCUCAUGUGGAGCAGGUCCGACAGCGCUCCCUGCAGGCAGAGCAGGAACUGAAGGACAGUAAAGCGGAGAACAGCCAGAGAUUACACAGCUCUCAGCCUGCAGCAGAGGAGGAGGAAGUGGAAAUACCUGAAGCUUAUCUCCGAGAGGACUAGGAACUACAUUUCAGGGUGACACAGGUGGCUUCUUCAAUCCGGCUGCUUUAGUGUCUGUAAUGAGCAUUUUUUGCACAAUAGUUUUUACUAACAGGCAAAAUUAAAUAAAGUUUUGCCAAAUCCUUAGAAGGAUAAACAAAAAAUGUGCAAAAAAACUACUAAGGACUAAUAAACAUUUUCUUACGACUUUAA